GAGAAAUCCGAAUAUGCGUUCUCGGAGGUAUCGCCAAUGAGCAACAGCAGAACGGAGAGAUCCGAGUAUGAGUUCGAGGAAGUGUCCCCAGCGAGCCACGGCAAAUCGGAGACAUCCAAGCAUGGCUUGGAGGAUGUGUCGCCCACGAGCAACAGCCGGACGGCAAAGUCCGGAGCAGACUCUCCCGCGAGCAAUGUCAAGACGGAAAAGUCCGAGAAUGGCUCUCCUUCGAGCUAUGUCAAGACUGAGAAGUCUGAAGGUUUCGGAUCAUCUCCAGCGAGUCAUGCUCGCACGGCAGAGCUCCCAGACAAGUCCUACAACACAAGCUUCGUACCGGAAGAGGAGUCUGACGCGCAGGACACCUCGCCAUCGAACCACAACGGGUUGGCAUCCUGA